AUGCGCGCGACGUCGACGUCGCCGCGCGCGCUCGCGACCGCUCGACCGCGUCGACCGUCGAGGACGUCCGCGCGCGCGUCGCCGCGGACGCGGGCGUCGCCCGAGCGCGCGCGAGGGUCGAAUGCGGACGCGCGCGGAGAAUCACGCAUCGAUGACGACAUCGACGCCGAACGACGACGGAAUCGCGCCAUCGCCGUGAGCGCGGUCGCGGUCGGGGCGUGUGCGUUCGUCUUCACCUCUGGGACCGCGUUCGAGGGCGCGGGGGGGGCGGCGAGCGCGGCGGGGGGGGGUCUCGCGCGAUUGGAGGCGGCGAGCGCGCCCCUGGACGCGGCGCUCGAGAGCGGGAAACCCACCGUGGUGGAGUUCUACGCCGAUUGGUGCGAGGUGUGCAAGGAGAGCGCGCCGAUGGUGUACGACGUCGAGCGGGAACACGCGCGUGGGGUGAAUUUUGUGAUGUUGAACAUCGACAACGCGCGGUGGGGGGAGGAGAUGGACGCGUACGGCGUGGACGGAAUACCGCACUUGGAAUUCUUGGACGCCCGGGGAAACAGCGAGGGGUUCAUCGUGGGUAAAUUUCCAAAGGAAGUGCUCGAGGAGAACGUCCGGGCGUUGGAGCGCGGGGAGAAGACGCUUCCGUACGCGAAGAGGUACGGCGCCGCGAGCGCGGCCAAGGCGGCGGACGUCGUCGCCGGCGCGCCGAGCGCGGAUCCUCGCGCGCCCGAUCCGCGAUUCCACGGGUAA